CGAGGACAUGUCGUCAGACUGCGUAAGGUCAUGUAUAUAAGCAAAGUCCCUCUUACUCCCUACCUUCAUCCUCGUUACGCAAACCACAACACAAAGAGUAUCUGAGACCAGAAUUGUCAUGUCAGACAAUUGGAGAGAUGAUAUCUUGCUAAAGAUUGCAAACAUCGUCGUCUACUUCCUUUUCCUUGGUUCCAACGUCUACACCGUAGCGGCACCUCAUGAUGUCUACUUCACUGGCAGGGAGACAUACGUAACCCCUGCUCCAUGGGCCUUUUUGAUUUGGUCUCUCAUCCAUCUGCUCCUUCUGGGUACUGUCAUUUACCAGUUCACCGCUCCUGGCAAGAAAGUAAUCAUCGAUGGCAUUUCGUGGCGCUUCCCUCUCCUCGGCAUCAUGAAUGCCAUAUACGUGCAUUUAUGGGCAUCCCAACACUAUAUAUUGGCAUUUGUCUUUGCGUUGUUCGUAAGCAGUACUAUCUCCCACAUCUACUACGUCGUGAAGAAGUUCCACGCACCUGCUAACGUCGGCGACGAAGUCUUGGUCCACUUGCCGUUCUCCCUUUACCAUGGGUGGACUACCGUUCUUGUUAUAAUCACUGCGUUUGAAGCAUUCGGCGUUAACGCGCUUUAUGUACCAGCCGGUGUUUGGACCAAGGUUUUCGUAUUCCUCGCUUUGUUCUUCCUCGAGGCGACUGCGGCCACCUAUGCUUUCUCCAGCCCUGAGGGUGACCUUGCUGCCAGCUUCGCGAUAACGUGGUCUCUCUUCGCGAUCUUUGCUCAUCAAAAUGUUCACCGCUCGGGAUUCAUUCACUGGUCUGCACUCGCAUUUGCAUUGCUCUCUGCGUUCUGGGUUUUCAUGGGCAUCUUUGGCACGUACAAGCGAUUCAGGGGUGGUUCAAUCAUCUUGGACGAAGAGCGUGCGCCACUUGUUGGCAGUGAAACAUGAAACGUCCUUGAAAAGCGAUUUUGAAGAGAGGACGAAGCUUCUGUUUUCUUCCGUCAUGAACACUGAUUGUAUUGUUUCUUACAUUCUGAGUGCUGUUCUCCUUACUUAUGGCUUGUACUGUACUUUGCUUGCAUAUCUAUGGCCGCAUCAGCAGGCGUUAUUGACUUCGGAAGUUUUCAAACUCA